AUAGGAAUCGAUUUUCACAAACGGAACAUUAAAUGAUCUGUUUGUUCACGGCCAGUGGAAUGCCGGUUGUGGAAAGGAUUUUCUGUUUUCGGCAGCAGCGUUGGAUUGGUUGGGCGCGUGGAAUUAUUGCUGCUCUAUUGGAAUGAAACUGGCCUCGAUUGAGGCUCUAGAGGAAUUGAGUUGUCUCACGAACAUGGUUGCGAAAUAUCCCAAAGCAGUCUACCCUGAUCAAUGUGGAAAGGAUUUCUGGACAUCUGGCACAAACCGCGGUUGUCCAGGCGCUCACUUCUGGUGUUCUGACGACGAAAAAUUAAACAAGGAGGAAAUAGCCAACUGGAAAAACGGGCAAAUGCCCUCGGAGAGUGCUGAUCAGUGCAUUUUUAUUAAUUUGUCAAAUUCGACUUUGAAUGAGACUUAUUUGGGCACUGAUUCUUGUACCAAGCAAAAACAGUUUCUCUGUGAAGUGAUAUUUUACAAUUUUUUUUUAUUCCACAUUUUAAUGUUUUUCGUUUCUAUGUCUCUCAGGCCUUGCAACCGGGCAAUAAAUCGGUGCAAAUCGCGCGCUCUUGCUCGGAAAUUUGGAAUGUGACUGAAAAUGAAGUGAAUGAUAUAAUUAUGAAUCCAAGCGGCGACGUCGUCAACCAAAGACGCAAUCUCAAAUGUUAUCUAAGGUGCUGCGGCAAAAAAGGACACGUUAUAAAAACCGGGUCGCUAGUGACGGAUGAAAUUUUGCGCAACUUGGAAGACUUGACGGCCGACGACCCGCAAGCCAUGCAGGAUGGCUUUCAAAAUUUUGAUUCCUGCACUUCCAUUCAGUCCACCGACGAGUGCCACCUGAUGGCCCAGAUGUUCCAGUGUGGAAAGAAAAAUGAUCCAGACCUUACUUUAGAACUCGUAACUGCCAUCAAAGGAGACGCCACUGUUUCAGUAACUGCUGCAGGGGGAAUUAAAACCGGCUAUAGAGUAUGUCCUGUGUAUCCAGCAGCAAGUUGUGUACCAAAUCAAACAUAUAUCGAUGAACUUAAAAACACGGGAUCAUCAUUGGGGGGAGGUGUCAUGACAUCAUCGACUGGCAAAAAAUACUUUAUGAAAUAUGUCUUUUAUGAAGGAAUUAACGCCGCUCAAGCAGAAGCAAUCUACUGCUGUGCUCUUGGCAGCCACCUUGUCACUUUCGAAAGCUUAGACGAUUUCAACGCUUUUAUGCAAAGCUGGCAAGAUGGUACACAACACUCUGCUAUCCUUGGACCGACCUUCGACAACGGCGACGGCACCGACAGCUGGUGCUUGAACUUUAAAAAGAUGCCUGUAGGAAUGAUCAAAGAUGUCAACAAAUUUUAUCGCAACCAACUGUGGAACUCGACUAUAUUCUUCGGGCAAGCCUUAGACUUAUACUCAGUUGCAAACGGAGGUGGGGCUCACCGAGUUAUAUGUGGCCCACUUCCCUACUAAUUUAUCUCAAUUUUGAUCAAAUUAUUCCAAUCGUAGAAAACUUUUUCGAUAAUAAUUGGAUUCUAGACAUUUUUCUAUUAUACGUGUGAUUGAUUUUGUGUUUGGUAUAAUAUGAUGUUUUGUUGCUUUUCAACAAUAUAAAAAAUAGCUGUGUUCCUUAUAAUUACAGCUGCGGUUGUUGUUUGUAUGACACAGAUUAUGUUUCAACUUAAUUAUAAUUAUUUUAUGACUUUCAUUUUGAGUCCUACCAAGAUAUGUUGUUUACUCUAAUUCAAGUUUGAAUGA